AUGUCACCGAGCACUAGCCCUCUGGAGGGCAAGAUGAAAACAACGAUUUCAUCAGACGUUUGGGAGAGCAAGAAAGCUCAAAUCGCAAAUUUAUACAAAGUUGAAGAAUGGCCCCUAAAGCAGGUCAUGAAAAGGAUUCGCAGUGUGGACUUCAACCCGACUGAAACACAGCUCCGCAGCAAACUGAAGAAAUGGGGAGUGAGGAAACCGUCACGUCAAGAGCGGAAAAAAGCGUCAAAUGGAGCGGCCACACAAAAGGUAGUCGUGAAGGCGGAACAGUCCGAUAAGCCGACUGGCGACUCGACACCGUCUUUAGACUGCGGAGUUUCUGACUAUCCGAGCCCAGAAGGGGACGAGAGAUGGAAGUUCCCUCCAACACCAAGCCAGAACUACCAGCUCGGGAAUCCAGCUCUUUUCGACGAAGUGCGAAGAGAUCUGGCGAUUCGGACAAACAGCGCCGCGAUCCCUCGAAAUAACAGCCCACUACACAUGCCGCAACCAACGUAUUCAUGUAAUUCCCCAGGUCACCCUUUUGAGCAAACGUAUCCGAUUCCUCGUUCGAUUUGCGAUGCGCACGUUGGCGCCAGAACGGUUACCGAGUCUUCGCCACCACAGGCCUUCGCGCCCUCCGCGCAGUACUCGGCUCCAAUCUCGCCUCAUAUAUCGCAGCACAACAGAGACCCUCCCAAAUCCUCUCCAUCACUUCUUUCUCAUAACUCAUGGAGCUAUGCGCCGCCCGAACAAGCUCAACUCCAGUUUCCGCAUGAGGGGGUACGAAAAUCCAGAGUGGACGGAAAGGCAAUGCCUCAACAUUGGGAUACUAGACCAAUCUAUCCCCAGCUGCAAAACCCCGGCAAUGUGGCGAUGCCUCCAUCUAUACAUCCUCCUCUGGUUCAGUCUUCCGUCCAUGGUGAUGUACAAUUUGACGGCAGCAAUGGUGAAUAUACCAUGUCAACAUCUACUUUGGGCAUCAAUUAG